GAGACCGAGGCGAGCUCUGAGCACAGUCAAGCAGUAAGAACUGUCCGUUAGGUUACUUCUAUAUAAUUACUUUCCUUUUUACAUAUUUGAUACAUUUGUCGCAAAAAGAGAACAUAACAACAAACAUGUGUCGACUUAAUAGUUGCUAUUAAGUCUAAAAUAAGCUACUUGUAGAAGGUAAAAAAUCCUCUGCUCACUGAGAAGGACAGAAUGGUGGAGUGUUUGUGGUUGUGUCAAUGUGCUCUUGUUAAAGCUCUCACAUGAUGAAUUCUUUACCCCCUGUGAAAGGAGACCGGAUCAUCUGUGAACUCCCUUUGUACUUUACAAGAGACGCUGCAGUGCACACCAAAGAUGGCUUCAAUAUUACUGUUAGAGAGGCUUGUCAAGGGCAGAAAACAGGAUUAAAUGUAGCCAAAGUCAUUGUCGUUGGUGAUGUUGGAGUCGGGAAGACCUGUUUAAUAAACAGAUUCUGCAAAGACUCAUUUGACAGAACGUACAAGGCAACUAUUGGAGUGGAUUUUGAGAUGGAGAGAUUUGAGGUUCUUGGGGUGCCCUUCAGUUUGCAGCUGUGGGACACAGCAGGUCAGGAAAGAUUUCGAUGCAUUGCUUCCACAUACUACAGAGGAGCGCAAGCCAUCAUCGUUGUGUUUGACCUGAGCAAUUAUGAUUCUCUGGAUCACGCGAGAGAAUGGCUUGAAGAUGCCAUGAGAGACAAUGACCCAUCCAGUGUUCUGCUCUUCCUCGUGGGAACCAAGAAGGAUCUUAGUCACCCAGAUCUGUUGGCCCAAAUGGAGCAGGAAGCCAUACGAUUGUCUGAGGAGAUCAGAGCCGAGUACUGGGCAGUUUCUGCUCUGUCAGGUGCGAGUGUGAGAGAUUUCUUCCUGCGGGUUGCUUCUCUUACAUUUGAGGCCACUGUUUUAUCUGAGCUGGAGAAGAACAAUUCUAGACGAGCUGGUGAUAUCGUCAAAAUCUCUAAUAAUUGUGACGACGGUUUUAAGAAGAGGCAAUCCAGCUGCUGCCACUGACUGAACGGCAAUGUAUGUAAUGUGUGGAUUUGAUCAAAUGGGAAUAGAUCAUGUGACUGUAGAAUACAGGCUUAAGGAAACUGGGAUAAUGUCCCAUAAAGACAGAGUAAAAGAAAGGUUUAAUCAGAAGACUGGCCAGUGAGAUAAUGAGGGAAUCUCUGCAGGAAGCCAUCUGAAAGUCAAGUCUGGAUAGUCUUUAGAUGUGCACUAGUGAAUGCAAUAUUAUAUUUCAUGUAUUUUUAUGACUUGAAAGUGCUGCAUCAAGAUUUUAUGUGGAUACACAUUAACAGAACACAGAGUUUGUCACACACUAUAAAAUAACCUGGAUCAAGUGAGUGUUAUUCUGGAUAAAAAUAUAUUAAACCAUUCAGAUGAAUGAAACCGGUAUAAAAAUAAAAUAGUAAUUUAUAGUAAAUACUGUAGUGUUUUUAAACUACACUAUAGUGAAGUACUUAGUUAUUCUGUUGUUGUAAUUCUGUAGUAGCUCUGGUAAUAUAACUAUUGUAAAAUAGACAGAUUACCCAAUGUGGUGCUAAUUUACAGUACUAACUAUACUAAUACAAUACAACACACUUUACUGUAGUAAAAACU